GGAUACAGAAUACCGUCUUCAAACCUAACAACCUUCUCCGAUAUUUCUGGCUCUCCCAAAUUCCAAUCGGGUGAGUUUCGUUAACCUCUCUUCCUUCUUCUAGAAUCCUCCAGAGAGAUCGAGAGAGAGAUCUUCCUUAAUUCUUCUAUAAUCCUCCAGAGAGAUCGAGAGAGAGAUCUUCCUUAAUUCUUCUAGAAUCCUCCAGAGAGAUCGAUAGAGAGAUAUAGAUAGAUAGAUAGAUAGUUAGAGAGAGAGAGAGAGAGAGAGAGAGAGAGAGAGAGAGAGGGAUGGAUUUCGAGCUGCGGUCCGCAAGGGAGAAGUUGGAGAGGGAGCAGAAGGAGAGGAAAGAGAGGGCUAGGAUCAAGCUCGAGAGAGAGAGGAAGGCCCGCACUGAGGCCGUCCGUCAGAGAGAAGCCAUAGAAGCAGCUCAGAGGACUCGAAGGCUCGAUGCCGACCGUGCGGAACUCCUGGCUAAUCAACAGAUGGAAGAAAGUCUACUUGUUGGAAACGGGGUCGCGUUUUACCGGAUUCUUGAGGCAGUGCCUUAUCAAGGCCAUGGGGAUAAAAUCAAAUUGCCUCCUUCCUGCUUCACCGAACUGUCUGACCAAGGAGCACUAGAUAAAGGCCCCAUGUACUUCCAAUUGUCAAAGAUACACCAUGAAGGUCCUUCAAAUGCAGAGGAAUCAGAACAAAACCAUGGAACAACUCAUUCUGGUGUUCUUGAAUUUACUGCCACCGAAGGUUCCGUUGAGCUUCCUCCCCAUGUUUGGAGCAAUUUGUUUCCAGCUGUCAGUCAGAAUGCCCCUCUAAUUGAGGUGAGGUAUGUUAGGUUGCCGAAAGGAACUUAUGCAAAACUACAACCAGAUGGGAUGGGUUUCUCAGACAUACCUAACCACAAGGCCGUCCUUGAAACAAGUCUUCGUCAGCAUGCAACUCUUUCUGAAGGUGACAUCAUCACUGUCAACCAUGGAGAGCUAAGCUAUCAGUUGCGGGUUCUUGAGCUAAAGCCAUCUUCCAGUGUUUCUGUCCUAGAAACAGAUAUUGAAGUCGAUAUAGUUGGGCCAGAUUCUACCUCAGAAAGGAGAAAUCAGCACGUGCUGAUCCCACUAGAGCUUGGAAAGGUGGAAUCAGGAAUUGUAGAGGAAGGAAAGUAUAGCUAUUACAAGUUUUCAAUUGACAAUGACGUCAGCCAAAAAAUAGGUUCUGGGCAUAUGAAUAUUGUGGUUAAGAUAGAGGUUGAAACAGAUGGUGGGGACACCGAUCUUUACGUGUCUAGGCAUCCUGUCAUAUUCCCAACACACCACCAGCAUGAAUGGUCUUCCCACGAUGUGGGUUCAAAGGUUUUGAUCCUUAGCCCUAAGGAUCAAAGCGCAAUUGCAGGAACAUACAGCAUUGCUGUCUUUGGAUUCAAGGGGUUGACGAAGUACCACAUCUCAGUGGUUUUUGAAGAUAAUAGCAGUCACAAGGUGGGAGAACAGGCUGUUUCUUCUUCAUCUUCAGCAGAUGUUGUAGAGUGUCGGAACUGUAGACACUACAUACCCAGCAGGACCAUUGCACUGCAUGAAGCAUACUGCAGCAGGCACAAUGUCAUCUGUCAACACAGCGGUUGUGGCGUUGUUCUUAGAAAGGAGGAAGUGGCGAACCAUGUACAUUGUGCUAAAUGUAAGCGAGCCUUCCAACAGGGCGAGAUUGAGAAACACAUGAAAGUAUUCCAUGAGCCACUUCAUUGUCCUUGUGGCAUCAUUCUCGAGAAGGAAGAAAUGGUACAACACCAGUCUUCUGUCUGCCCCUUGCGACUGAUAACUUGCCGAUUCUGUGGGGACAUGGUUCAAGCUGGUACUUCUCCAUCAGACACUCGGGAUAGGCUAAGAGGUCUUUCAGAGCAUGAGAGCAUCUGUGGAUCUAGAACGGCUCCAUGCGAUUCGUGUGGGCGUUCUGUCAUGCUGAAGGAGAUGGACAUUCACAGAGUUGCUGUCCAUCCAAAGAACUGAACCGGAACAUAACAUGUUGAUGUGGGUUCUGCAUUUUACGUAUGCAAAUGACAUUAGUGUUCCUGGAGCUCUCCAUGGUAUGUAAGCGCAUACAUCUGCACUCGUCAAAGAUCAACAUGAUUGGAGGAAUCCUGCAGUUUGUGCAUAUAUGUACUGGAGAGCCGAAUACUUGUAGUUGGAUAAUGACUGUAUCCAAGCUUUAUUUGCUUCUGUACAUUCAGUGUGUAAUUGUUUAAUUGAAAACUAUGUUUUUUAUUUUAUAUUAAAUCUUCAUUUGGAAAAGGAUUGUUGUUAAUAAACAAAGGAUACAAUUAUUUUCA